UAGGCCGGAAACGAAGAAGAAAACUCGAGCCAAAAGGUCCAUCAGCCAACGAGUCCACGCUGGACAAUACGCAAUUUCGCGUGUUGGUGUUUGCGUACAUCGGCAGCUGUCCAAUUUAUCGAUCAGUGUUCAUUCAUUCUCUUGUUUUUUUUGUUUGUUCACACCGGGCGCCCGAUUUCUUGAGCUAUCAAAAUGUUUAAAAAUAAUCCAAGACAGCUAAUCUUACAGACAAUGAUCUCGGAAAACGGAUAUAUGGACCUGAUGCGGAACUGCAUUAAAUGGAAUUCCCGGCAAAUGGAGGAUCGUAAAAAACGACUGCGGUUCCCAUACUAUGAACAUCAAACGGCUACGGCCCAGCGAGAGUCUCGCUUCACAACCCGCAACGUGGAUCACAUGUAUCCAUCAAAUGAUCCAAAUACUGUUGUUCAAUUCGCAACCGAGAGAUGGAAGAAGAGCAAGUCACAGCCACCAUCUGAUGCUGUUGAGAUGAGCAUGUUUUUGCGUGAGAAUCCGUCUAUUCAGGUUGCAAUUGAUCAUCUCACUCCACAAGUUGUCGGACCAACAACUGAAAGUGUUUCUGAUAGUUCGAACGACUCAACUACCAUCAGACCAUCCCGCCAAACACAGAUCAAAGAGGAAUAUCGUGAUGACUACGUUCUUGACGAUGAGCUCUCUCCAGACGAGUUUGGCUCCGAUGAAGAUGAUUGGUCGUCGCGUAAACGCCGUAAAGGCAACUUGGGGCCUGUUCAGAAAGCAACUUCGUCACGUAAAAAGAAUGCAGCGCGAAAUACAAAAGCCUCGCGGGUUUAAGCUAUCAUCAGUCGUAUCUUCAUGAUCAAAAGUCUAGUCAACCACUGGUUAAGUUAUUGUCUCCCAGUAUAGAAAUAUCUACUAGCUGUGAUUUCUGCAGCGGCACUGCUUUUAUGAACAAAAAUACAAAAUUGCCAGAGGAUCUCGUUAGUUGUCAUGAUUGUGGUCGUUCUGGUCAUCCUUCCUGUCUUAAUUUUAAUCAAAAUGUGACCAAAAUCAUAAAAAGAAGCGGAUGGCAGUGUCUUGAGUGCAAGAGUUGCACCAUUUGUGGUACAAGUGAAAAUGAUGAUAAAUUGCUCUUCUGUGACGACUGUGAUCGUGGAUACCAUCUUUAUUGUCUGACUCCGGCGCUCGAAAAAGCUCCAGAUGAUGAGUAUUCAUGUCGGUUAUGUCAAGUUGAAUUCGGAGACAAAGCGAGUGCACCGGCCAAGAAGUAAUGGUUCUCAAAUAUUAUAUUUAUUCCAAUAUUUUUUGCAUAAUCUCGACCCGUUUGCUUACGAUCCUCCCACACCGUCAUCCGAUUAUUUAUUCUUCAUUUUCACUUGAACUUUAAGUAUUAUUAUUACUACGUAAUGGCUCAUACAUAGAGAAAAAUUCUUGUUCUAAAAAGCCAGCCUAAAACCUCACUCACCCCUCCUUCUGCUACUUUGAUUUCUCGCUCUUUUCUUUUUUGUACUUCCACAUUUUCCUCGUCCUUUUUAUUUAUUUCAGUCUUAUCAUAAAAAAGUUCAAUAAAUACUAUGAUUCAAA